AUGGUCAAAGGACUGUUUUCGUUUGAUUUCUUUUCCAAGACCGUGGAGGAGGCACGGAUUCGCACAUCACUGGGCGGAAUGAUUAGCAUUCUGACGGUGUUUGUGAUUGUUGUUUUGACUAUUUGGGAGAUUAUUGAUUUCCGACGCGUUGAGUUUUUGUCCGAGGUGAGAGUAGAUAAGGCCCGAGUACUAUACAUGGACAUUUUGGACAUUUCAGGGGAAGUUCAAGAGGCAAUUACGGCCGGUGUGCAUAAGACUCGUGUAGACGAGAAUGGUCGGGAAAUUUCAUCGCAUCAAAUUAAAUUUGUUACUUCUGAAGACGGGAAGACAGUAAAACAGAUUGACGAGUCUGAUCGGGGUCGGGUGAUUCGUGAACUUUAUGAGAAAAAGGGAUCAGAUUAUUGCGGUUCUUGCUGGGGAUCAGUUUCUGAUGGAAGCAAUGGUGAACCUGGAGAAAAGGCAGCAGGGAAACGGUGUUGCGAUACAUGUGCUGAUGUGAGAAUUGCAUAUAGUGAAGUUGGAUGGGCAUUCCAUGAUGGAAGCGGGAUUAAGCAAUGCGAGGAAGAAGGAUACCAGGAAUGGAUUGAACAGAUGAAGAACGAGGGAUGCAAUGUUGCCGGAGCAGUUAAGGUGAACAAGGUUGCAGGCAACUUUCAUUUUGCUCCUGGAGCUUCUUUCACAUUUAAUGGGCGUCAUUCGCAUGACUUGUCAUUAUAUGGGCGAAAGGAUUUGCCAUAUAACUUUGCACAUAAUGUGCAUGAGUUGUCGUUUGGGGCAAUGCCUGGGGCUCAGGAAGAGGCAGAGGAGCGUAUUGUUGCGGCGCGGCUGGAGGAACGGUAUGGUGGGAAGGAUGGCGCACAAAUGGUAAAGCCACUCAAUGGGCAGAACAAGGGUACGGAAGAUAAGCAUUUUACGUUUCAAUAUUUUUUAAAAGUUGUUGCAACACGGUACGAGCUUCUUGACCAUAAGGCUUUGGAGACCAAUCAGUAUAGUGUAACUUCACAUGAGCGUAACAUUGUGGGUGGUCGUGAUGCGGAUCAUCCACACACUGCGCAUGGCCGUGGAGGUGUUCCUGGGGUAUAUUUCCAGUAUGACAUUUCACCUUUGAAGGUGAUUAAUAAGGAGCAUCGACCGGGGACUCUGGGGAACCUUGUGACAUCUGUGUUGUCAAUGGUUGGUGCAGCCAUUACACUUGGGUCUCUUGUUGACUUUACAACAUGGGAGAUUUCCAAGGAGGCUGCGCGGCGCAAGGGUCAGUGA